UAAAUUGCUCAUUUGAGCUAAAAUUAGAGAUUUUUUGUGUUUCUCUCUUUCUCUCUCGUAUGGAUUUGUUGUGCGGCGUUCCUCUCUCGAAACGACCAUCUCCAAUUGCGUCACUUCCAGAUGAAAUCGUCGUGGAUAUAAUAGCGCGUGUAUCAAGAUCCUAUUACCCAGCAAUCUCUCUCGUUUCCAGACGUUUUCGAUCAAUCAUAGCGUCUCCUGAGCUAUACAUGAGACGAUCAUUGUUACGCUGUGCCGAACACUGUCUCUAUGCACUCCUCUACAACCCUAAAACCUGUGAUUACCGUUGGUACGUCCUCCGCCGCAACGGCUUUGUACUUAUCCCUUGUCUUCCUCCUAUGCCUGCUCAUGGAAACUUUGUUGCGGUUGGUUCCAAGAUAUAUGUUUUGGGUGGUGUUUACGACUCCAAUGCGACUUCGAGUGUCUUAAUCAUCGACUGUGCGUCUCACACGGUGCAGCCUUUGGAUGAUACGGUCGCUGGCAUUCCCAAGCCUAUGGAUGAUACGGUCGCUGGCACCAUCAACGGGAAGAUUUACGUGAUUGGUGUGAAGAUAGGUCAAUUGUGGUCUGGUUGUGUGGUAAUGGAGGGUAAGAUUUACAUGAGGGAUUCUCUAAAUAGCUUUGUUUACGAGCCACAGGAGAGGAAAUGGGAAAUGGAGGAGAUGUUGAAUUCUAAAAAGUGGGAGUAUGCGUGUGUCGUUGAUGAUAUGUUGUAUUACUACGAUUGUCGCAAGAACAAGUUAAGAGUGUAUGAUACAAAGCACAAGUGUUGGGGAGUGGUGAGAGGUGUGGAGAGAACGUCGGGUGAGCCUGAGCCGAGUCGUCUCAGUCUGCCAAAAUCUUUAUGGUGGUCAUAUACCAUGAGUUGCGGUGAGAAACUGGUUGUGUUCUUGCCUAAAGAGAAAGACAGGACGAAGACAACAGGGAUUUGGUGUGCGGAGAUUGCACUCGAAAGACGCCAAGGAGGAGAGAUUUGGGGUAAAGUUGAGCGGUGUGAUGCUGUGAUUAAUGGUGAUUUUUUCUUUGUGAGAUGUUUAGCUGUUAUGGUUUGAUGCACAAACCCAAUAUGUGCCUUACACAAAACACCACUGCUGUGCCGUACACAAAACACCACUAUUAUUUGCUGUGCCUUUACAAAUC